UCAGGUGUGAGAACUGGCUCUGCCCCAGAUAUGCCAUGGGGCAGACUGCCUACCCACUGGCCUCCAUUUCCUCCUCCGUAAAGUGAGAGAGAAUCCCUGCCUCUCUCCAAUGAGGAUACACGCAGGAAAGGACUUGGUCCCUGGUGAGGUUCAUCUCACUGGGUCUGCUCAUCUCUGCCCUCCAGCGAACCGCUGUAAGAGGGCCCAGGCGAAGAGCUGCACAGAGUGCAUCCGCGUGGACAGGGAAUGUGCCUACUGCACGGACCAGAUGUUCAAGGAGCAGCGCUGCAACACCCAGGCAGAGCUGCUGGCUGCCGGCUGCCGGUGGGAGAGCGUAGUGGUCAUGGAGAGCAGCUUCGAGAUCACAGAGGACACCCCGAUCAACCCCAACCUGCAGCGCAGCCAGGUGUCGCCCCAGGGGUUACGGGUCCGGCUGCGGCCUGGUGAGGAGCAACACUUUGAGCUGAAGGUGUUCGAGCCCGAGAAGAGCCCUGUGGACCUGUACAUCCUCAUGGAUUUCUCCAACUCCAUGUCUGACGAUCUGGACAACCUCAAGCAGAUGGGAGAGAGACUGGCCCAGGUCCUGAGAGAGCUCACUGAUGACUACGCUAUUGGAUUUGGCAAGUUUGUGGACAAAGUCAGCGUCCCUCAGACAGACAUGAGGCCUGAGAAGCUGAAGGAGCCCUGGCCCAACAGUGACGCCCCCUUCUCCUUCAAGAAUGUCAUCAGCCUGACGGAAAACUUGGAAGAGUUUCGGAAUAAACUGCUAGGGGAGCGGAUCUCAGGCAACCUGGACGCCCCUGAAGGAGGUUUUGAUGCCAUCCUGCAGGUGGCCGUGUGCACGAGGGACAUUGGCUGGCGGCCCAACAGCACCCACCUGCUGGUGUUCUCCACCGAGUCGGCUUUCCACUAUGAGGCAGACGGUGCCAACGUGCUGGCCGGCAUCGUGAGCCGCAAUGACGAGGCAUGCCACCUGGACUCCUCGGGCACCUACACCCAGUACAGGACGCAGGACUAUCCGUCCGUGCCCACCCUGGUGCGCCUGCUUGGCAAACACAACAUCAUCCCCAUCUUCGCUGUCACCAACUACUCCUACAGCUAUUACGAGAAGCUGCACACGUACUUUCCUGUCUCCUCACUGGGGGUGCUGCAAGAGGACUCCUCCAACAUUGUGGAGUUGCUGCAGGAAGCCUUCAACCGCAUUCGUUCCAACUUGGACAUCCGGGCCCUGGAAAGCCCCCGAGGCCUGCGGACAGAGGUCACCUCCAAUGACUUACAAAAGACGAAUACUGGGUCCUUUCACAUCCAGCGGGGGAAAGUGGGCACGUACCAGGUGCAGCUGCGGGCUAUGGAGUCUGUGGAUGGGACUCACGUGUGCCAGCUGGGGGAAGAGGACCAGAAGGGCAACAUCCACCUGAAGCCCUCCUUCUCGGACGGCCUCUGGAUGGAUGCGGGCAUCAUCUGCGACGUGUGUCCAUGUGAGCUGCAAAAAGAGGAGCUUUCAGCUCGCUGCAACCACCACGGCGACUUCGUGUGUGGACACUGUGUGUGCAGUGAGGGCUGGAGUGGCAAGACCUGCAGCUGUUCCACGGGCUCAUUGAGUGACAUAGCGCCCUGCCUGCGGGAGGACGAGGACAAGCCGUGCUCUGGGCGUGGCGAGUGCCAGUGUGGCCACUGUGUGUGCUACGGAGAAGGCCGCUACGAGGGGCUGUUCUGCGAGUAUGACAACUUCCAGUGUCCCCGUGCCUCCGGGGUCCUCUGUAACGACCGGGGACGCUGUUCCAUGGGCCAGUGCGUGUGUGAGCCUGGGUGGACAGGCUUGAGCUGUGACUGUCCUCUCAGCAAUGCCACCUGCAUCGACAGCAGUGGGGGCAUCUGUAACGGGCGUGGCUACUGCGAGUGUGGCCGCUGCCACUGUAACCAGCAGUCGCUCUACACGGACACCAUCUGUGAGAUCAACUACUCAGCGAUCCGCCUGGGCCUCUGCGAGGACCUGCGCUCCUGUGUGCAGUGCCAAGCCUGGGGCACCGGUGAGAAGAAAGGCCGCACAUGCGAGGAGUGCAGCUUCAAGGUCAAGAUGGUGGACGAGCUUAAGAGAGGAGAGGAGGUGGUGGAGCACUGCUCCUUCCGGGAUGAGGAGGAUGACUGCACGUACAGCUACACCGUGGAGGGCGACGGAGCCCCCGGGCCCAACAGCACUGUCCUGGUACACAGCAAGAAGGACUGCCCACCCAGGUCCUUCUGGUGGCUCAUCCCUCUGCUCAUCUUCCUGCUGCUGCUCCUGGCGCUGCUACUGCUCCUCUGCUGGAAGUACUGCGCCUGCUGCAAGGCUUGCCUGGCACUUCUCCCUUGCUGCAACCGAGGUCACAUGGUGGGCUUCAAGGAAGACCACUACAUGCUGCGGGAGAACCUGAUGGCCUCGGACCACCUGGAUACGCCCAUGUUACGCAGCGGGAACCUCAAGGGACGGGACAUGGUCCGAUGGAAGAUCACCAACAACGUGCAGCGGCCUGGCUUUGCCACCCACGCCUCCAGCACCAACCCCACAGAGCUGGUGCCCUACGGGCUGUCCCUGCGCCUCGCCCGCCUGUGCACCGAGAACCUGCUGAAACCUGACACGCGAGAGUGUAACCAGCUGCGCCAGGAGGUGGAGGAGAACCUGAAUGAGGUGUACCGACAGAUAACAGACUCACAUAAGCUCCAGCAGACUAAGUUCCGGCAGCAGCCCAACGCCGGGAAAAAGCAGGACCACACCAUCGUGGACACGGUACUGACGGCACCCCGCUCAGCCAAGCAGGCCUUGCUGAAGCUGACAGAGAAGCAUGUGGAACAGGGGUCCUUCCAUGAGCUCAAGGUGGCCCCGGGCUACUACACCCUCACUGCAGACCAGGAUGCCCGGGGCAUGGUGGAGUUCCAGGAGGGCGUGGAGCUGGUAGACGUGCGGGUGCCCCUCUUCAUCCGGCCUGAGGACGACGACGAGAAGCAGCUGCUGGUGGAGGCUAUCGACGUACCCAUGGGCACCGCCACCCUCGGCCGCCGCCUCGUAAACAUCACCAUCAUCAAGGAGCAAGCCAGCGGGAUAGUGUCUUUUGAGAAGCCCGAGUACUCGGUCAGCGGCGGGGAGCAAGUGGCCCGCAUUCCUGUCGUCCGGCGCAUCCUGGACAAUGGCAAGUCCCAGGUGUCCUACCGCACACAGGAUAACACUGCGCUGGGCAACCGGGACUACAUCCCCGCAGAGGGUGAGCUGCUGUUCCAACCUGGGGAGACCUGGAAGGAGCUGCAGGUGAAGCUCCUGGAGCUGCAGGAGAUAGACUCCCUCCUGCAGGGCCGCCAGACCCGCCGCUUCCACAUUCAACUCACCAACCCCAAGUUCGGGGCUCGCCUGGGCCAGCCCCACUCAGCCACCGUCAUCAUUGGGGACCCAGACGAACUGGACCAGAACUUCACAAGCCAGACACUGUCAUCGUUCCCUCACCAUGGUGACCUGGGUGCCCCCCAGAACCCCAAUGCCAAGGCUGCCGGGUCCCGGAAGAUCCUUUUCAACUGGCUGCCCCCUCCUGGCAAGCCAACAGGGUACAGGGUCAAGUACUGGAUCCAGGGUGACUCUGAGUCCGAAGCCCACCUGCUUGACAGCAAGGUGCCCUCGGCGGAGCUCACCAACCUGUACCCAUAUUGCGAGUACGAGAUGAAGGUGUGCGCCUAUGGGGCACAGGGCGAGGGCCCCUACAGCUCCUUGGUGUCCUGCUGCACCCAACAGGAAGUACCCAGUGAGCCAGGGCGUCUGGCCUUCAAUGUCGUCUCCUCCACGGUGACCCAGCUGAGCUGGGCUGAGCCGGCUGAGACCAACGGCGAGAUCACGGCCUACGAGGUCUGCUACGGCUUGGUCAACGAGGACAACCGACCCAUCGGGCCCAUGAAGAAGGUAUUGGUGGACGCUCCCAAGAGGCGGAUGCUGCUCAUUGAGAACCUUCGGGAGUCCCAGCCAUACCGCUACACGGUGAAGGCGCGCAAUGGGGCAGGCUGGGGCCCGGAGCGGGAGGCCAUCAUCAACCUGGCCACCCAACCCACGCGGCCCAUGUCCAUCCCUAUCAUCCCGGACAUCCCCAUUGUGGACGCCCGGUGUGGGGAAGACUACGAGAGCUUCCUCAUGUACAGUGAUGACGUUCUACGCUCCCCUCCUGGCAGCCAGAGGCCUAGCGUCUCCGAUGACACUGGUGAGUGGGUCUGGGAUCCAUGUCCCCGGGAGGAGGUGGGGCUGUCACAGGUGUCCAGAGAAAGCAAUGGCGCCAGUGACCACUAGGCAUAGAGAUCAAGACUAGCAGUCCCUCUCGGCUCCACAUGGAUAUCUGCAGAGCCUACCAUCUGACAAGCACCAUACUGGCGUGGGGUACAGAGGGGACAAAGCCAACGCGGCCCAUGGGCAGUCAUGUGCACAGGCAAACAGACUUGAUUGGGAGCAGAUGCACACAGGGCUGUGCAGGGCCACGCACACGGGACCAUGUGGAAACACAGCCUUACACGCGGAAGGCUGUGCCACGGACUCAGGACAUUCAGGCCACCUCCCAGGGACAAGGCUGUGUGGGAGGGGGCAGGCAUGACCCCCCUGCCCUGCCCUGUCCUCUGGUCCUGCUCCUCCUCCCUCCUGAUUGCCCGCAGUGCGGGAUAAAGGGCCCUCAGCUGAACUCCCUCGUACUCAGUUUUAGCUUUGGCUCCACUGUGGGCCAUCAGAUGAACUGCUCACCCUCUCUGUGCCUCAGUGUUCUGACCUGUAAAAUAGGAUGCCAAUCAUACCAUGCCAUGAGUCAAAAUCC